ACUUCAUGCGACUAUGACGUUGACGCAAGUUAUUACAUCAUAUUAUUAUUAUUUUUUAAAUUUUACUUCUUUUUAAAAUUAGUAGUUAUCAAUUAGAUUUAUAAUAUUUAGUGUUUAGAAGAGUACAUCGCCGGAAGAGUGAUGAGAGAGAGAGGCAGAGCGAGAGCGAGAGAAGGCGACCACCGAACACGAGCUAGGAAGACAGCACAGAGUGAAAAGAAUGUCAGUUCUCCGCAGAGAUACCAACAGAGAAGGAGGGUACCAGACCAGCUAAGGGAGAAGCAGUACGAGCAGAAUCAGGCGGUUGAAAGGAGGCUAGGGGAUUCCUAUGACUGGGGCUUGUACAAACAAGCGACCCCUUACUUUUUCACAAACUUCCCGAAAGAAUGGACGUACGAAGACAUGUGGAGAACGUUUCUGAAAUUUGGGAGGGUAUAUGCCAUUUACAGUCCAAAGAGAAGAAGCAGAAAUGGUGGCAGGUUUGGUUUUGUCAGAUUUCUUGAUGUGAAGAAUAGAGAAGAGCUUGAAAGAAAACUAGAUAAUAUCUGGAUCGGUGAUUGCAAACUAUGGGUAAACUCUCCAAGAUAUGAAGACAACCAGCAAGAAGGGAGGGAAACAAAACCUAGACUCAUCUCGGAGCCACAAGUACGAAACAGGAGCUACGCAGAGGUUCUGAAAGGGCAACAAUCGAACAGGAGGGAAAAAUUCUACAUGGAAGGGUAUUUCUCCUGUCGAAUCCGAGUGAUGGGGGGAAGAUUGGUUCUAAUGGACUACGAGGAUAAGGAAGAGCUGAAAGACCUGGUUGAAUCAACAUCAGAAUGGCUGGGCCAAUGGUUCGAGAAGGUGUGCCCUUGGACCCCAAAUCUGGACUUUAUCCCCCAUUUUAAUAGCGACUCAAAGGAACAAGAAACAUGGUCUAUGGACAGUGAGAAGGAGGAUUGUGCCAGUAAAGGUGCAGGGGAGGAAGAACAGGGGAAGGACGUCUCAGCCGAGAAUGAGGAUGAUGACGAUGACGAUGACGUGGCAUGCAACAAAGGGGAGCCGUACGAAGUGUUCCUUAGAAACGGGUUUUCAAAGUCAAAAUCAGAGAAAGUAAAGGAACAUUCAGGAGAAAGGAACGCUGCACUAUCUUGCAGCGAAGAAGAACAGCAGCAUGAAGAACAAGGGGAUCCCAACGGGCAGGACUGCGCAAGUGCAAACGAACAGAUGCAGAUCUGCAUGCAAAGAAGCAAGGAGGGUGUCUUACAAAGGAAGAAGAAGAUUCGCCUAUGCAGCUCGGUCUACCUCAAGGCGAGAAAAAUAGGGGAAGGAAUUCAUAGUGGGAAAAGGUGUGAAAGGCAAAAGAUGAAACCAGUGAAGGGAACGGGGGUGCUGGAAUUCAUUGUGAGUCCAGAUGGAAAGGUUGCGGGUGAAUCAGUUGGCAAUAGCGGGAUUCAAAAUUGCAACCGAGCUCUGAGGAAGCAGUUGCAAAAUCAGCUGGCAAAAGACAUAUGGGAUCUAGCAAAAAGAUUGGGCGUCACAGUAGAAAAUGAAAAGGAGAUUCUGCAGAAAUUUGAAGAAAUGGAGGGUAAAUAUAGACAAGGCAAAGAAGAUAUGGUGAAGAGAGUGGCAGAUGACGCUAAGAAGGAAGUAAUUAGCAAAGUGUGGAAAUCUGUAGAGGUGAGGGGGUGGAAGGGGUUCAGACUUAAGGAGAAGCUGAAAGAAACAAAAAAAGCCCUGAAGGAAUGGAGUGCUAAUCACAUAGCCGAAGUUGAUAGAAGAAUAAUUGAAGUAGAAAGGACCAUAGCUAAAAUGGAUGAAAAAGAAGAGUACAGCCAACUUUCAGAAGAAGACAUUGAGAAAAGAAGGAAUGGAUUCCUAGAUCUUUGGAAGUACAUGAAGAUUCAAGAGAGUAUGUGGCAGCAAAAAUCCAGAAAGAUGUGGCUGAAAGAGGGGGACGCAAACUCAAAGUUUUUUCAUAGAAGUGUGAAGGGUAGAUGGAAAAGAAAUGAAAUCAACAGUAUUCAGAUUGGGGGAGAGCUAUGUAGAGGUGUGAAUGAGAUCAAGGAAGGCGUGAAGAAUUACUUCAAGGGGUUAUUCUCAAAAGAAGAGUGGCAGCGACCAAAGCUAGACGGCAUCAGCUUUAAACAGAUAGACAAAUCAGACAAUGAUUCUCUGACGGCCACUUUCUCAGAAGAGGAAAUUAAAAACGCAGUGUGGGAUUGUGACUCAUCUAAAUCUCCUGGGCCGGAUGGCUUUAAUUUCAGGUUCAUAAAGGCAAUGUGGGAGGAAAUAAAACAAGACGUCAUUGGAUUCGUACAGGAAUUCCAUGAGCAUGGCAAGCUGGUUAGAGGCUCCAACUCUUCCUUCAUCGCCUUGAUCCCUAAGGUUGAAAACCCCCAUAGAAUUGAAGACUACAGACCUAUAUCACUCAUUGGAGUUAUGUACAAGAUCCUAGCUAAGCUACUAACAAAUCGCAUCAGGAAAGUUCUUGACAAAAUCAUCGGGGAGCAGCAAAUGGCAUUCAUAGAAGGUAGACAGUUGAUGGACGGAGUGGUGAUAGCAAACAAGGUGAUCGAGGAGGCAAAAAGGAAGAGGAAGAAGAGUUUUCUUUUCAAAGUUGAUUUUGAAAAAGCUUACGACAAGGUUAGCUGGGAUUUUAUUGACUAUAUGCUUAUGAGGACGGGUUUUACAGUCACUUGGAGAAAUUGGAUAAAGGAAUGCUUACAAUCGAGUAUGGUCUCGAUCCUAGUGAACGGAAGUCCAACUCAGCAAUUCCCGGUUAGCAAAGGAAUAAGACAAGGUGACCUGUUCUCCCCUUUCCUAUUUCUAUUAGUAGCAAAAGGGCUAAAUGGAUUAAUGCAAUCUGCCAAUGAGAAAAAUAUAUUCAGAGGGAUAAGGAUUGGAAACGAGAACUUGUCAGUAACACACCUCCAAUUUGCUGAUGACACACUGUUUUUUGGAAAGGCUUCAGAAGAAAACAUUCAAGCAAUAAAAAGUAUCAUGAGGACCUUCGAAUUGAUGUCGGGACUGAAAAUCAACUUUGGCAAGAGUCAGAUAAUGGGGGUCGGGACCGAGGAAGGUUGGAAGGAGAGGAUGGCUUACAGACUGUGUUGCAAGGUGGGUGAUCUCCCUUCUAAGUAUUUGGGAACUCCAGUCGGAGGGAAUCACAGGAGGAUAGCAAUGUGGCAACCACUGGUGAACACCUUUAAAAAGAAACUUGCUAGCUGGAAAAGGCAAAACUUAUCUCUUGGAGGCCGAAUCACUCUCUUAAAUUCUGUGCUGUCUAGCCUACCCGUGUACCUGAUGUCAGCCUACAAAAUACCCAAAGGUAUUCUCUUCUCUUUAGAUAAAAUACGCAGGAAUUUUUUAUGGGGAAGGAUGAGGGAGGGGAAAAAAAUCAGUUGGGUCAAUUGGGAAAGGGUAUGCAGGAAAAAGGAGUGUGGAGGUCUAGGAGUGAAGGAUUUGAGGAAAUUCAAUAUGGCGUUGUUGGGUAACUGGUGGGGGACGUUAGCAAAAGGGGAAGAGGGGCUAUGGAGCAAAGUGAUAUCAAGUAAGUGCGGGGAGAAUGGAGGCCAUUGGUUGGAUUGGGUAAGGGAUAAGAGUGGUGGAGGAUCAACAUGGUGGAGAGACAUCCAAAAUUUAAAUGCUAGAGAUGGGGGGAAUGUAGGAUGGCUAUUGGAGGGUUUUAGGAUUAAGGCCGGUAAAGACAAAGAAUGCUUUCAAAUGGGAAGGGCUCUCAAUGGCACAUGGAGAUGGAACUUGACAUGGACAAGAACCUUGCAUCAGUGGGAAGACGAGACAGCAACAGAACUUCAAAAAAUGAUUGAGAAAGUGAUGAUAUCCCUAGGGAGCGCUAACAAAUGGGAGUGGACACACAGCACCGAUGGAGAGUACUCAACGACAACAGCUUACGCAAUAUUAACAAAACAAAGGAGGGAAGAGGAGGAAGCAGAAAUGUAUAAAAGAGUAUGGAAUCCUAGCAUCCCAACCAAAGUAGCGGCUUUCAACUGGAAGGUAUUACUUGAUAGAAUUCCAACCAAGCUAAACUUGUUAAAAUGUGGGGUCAUAAAGGAGGGGGAAGAAAGGAAAUGUGUUCUGUGUGAAGAGGAAGAGGAAGCUUCCAGCCACCUAUUCUUGAAAUGCAAAAUAGCCAAAUGGCUAUGGAGAGCUUGCGCAAACUGGUGGGGCAUCAAAGUAGAACUACAAAACGACUGUAGGAGGACGUUUCAGCUCUUUGGCGCCUGGACCAAAAAGUCACACAAAAGAGAAGGGUGGGACUGUAUUUGGAACGCAGUCAUAUGGUCAAUGUGGAUGGCAAGAAACAAAAAGAUCUUCGACAAUGUCGAGAAUGAAAUGCAAAUUUUUACCACUUUAAUCGUGAACAUGAUGAAGCAACAUAAUCUCUUUGCCUCACAAGGAGGGCCUAUUAUCCUUGCUCAGAGUAAUUAUGGAGAAGAAGGAAAACAGUACAUAAAUUGGUGUGCUAACCUGGCUAACAGUUUUCACAUCGGAGUUCCCUGGAUCAUGUGCCAGCAGUCCGACUCUCCAUGGCCAUUUAUCAACACUUGCAAUGGUUUCUAUUGUGAUCAAUUUAGUCCCAACAAUCCCAAUUACCCUAAGAUAUGGACUGAAAAUUGGAGUGGCUGGUUUGGUGCCUGGGGUGAAGCAACACCAUUGAGAUCUGCUGAAGAUCUUGCAUUUGCAGUUGCUCGUUUCUUCCAAUUUCACGGCUCUCUAAUGAACUAUUACAUGUAUCAUGGAGGAACAAAUUUUGGAAAAACUGCUGGUGGACCAUACAUUGUCACAUCAUAUGAUUAUGAUGCCCCACUUGAUGAAUAUGGCAAUCCUAAUCAACCCAAAUGGGGGCAUCUGAGGGAACUUCACAGGGUACUUAUGUCAAUGGAGAAAGUCUUGACUCAGGGGGAAAGGACUACCACUGAGUAUGGAAAACUGUUAGACGGAACUGUCUUUACAUACCAAGGAAAAUGCGUUUGUUUCUUAGGAAAUGCAAAUGCAGAUAAAGACAUGACAGUCAAUUUUCAAGGAGACCAAUAUGUUGUCCCAGCAUGGUCUGUAACCAUCCUGGACGACUGCUACCAGGAAGUCUAUAACACUGCCAAGGUCAAUGCUCAAACGUCUAUAAUGGAUAAGGUCAACAAUGAUGCUGAAGAACCAUUCAGCUUGAAGUGGACUUGGAGGCCUGAACGACUUGAGGGUUACAACAAUGAUGUUAGCAUGGAGGAGGGUCUCAUCUUGAGAGCUAAUAUCCUCAUGGACCAAAAAUUCGCAAAUGACACCUCAGAUUAUUUAUGGUACUUUACCAGUGUCAACAUUUCAAAGGAUGAUAACAUUUGGGGAAAAGACACAACUCUACAAGUACACACCUAUGGCAAUGUUCUUCAUGUGUUUUUCAAUGGACAAUACAUUGGAUCACAAUGGUCAGACAAUGGUGGCCAGCAGUUCACUCUCGAGAAAAGGGUGACAUUGAAUCUUGGGAUGAAUACGAUUGUUUUGCUCAGUGGGACUGUUGGAUUUGCAAACUAUGGUUACCAUUUUGAUGUUGCUAAGUCUGGAGUAUUUAAUGGUCCUGUUAAACUACUAGGAGUUGGCAGUGAUGAAACUGUAACCAUGGAUCUUUCUACAAAUCAAUGGCUUUACAAGGCUGGAUUGGAUGGUGAGAAAAGGGAACUUUUCAAAAUUAGUAAUGAGGACUCAGGAGAUUGGAUAACAGAAAAUCUUCCAACAAACAAAAUGUUUGUUUGGUACAAGACAACCUUUAAGGCUCCUCUAGGAACUGAUCCUAUUGUGGUGGAUUUGAUGGGGCUUGGAAAGGGGGAGGCUUGGGUCAAUGGCUACAGCCUUGGCAGGUAUUGGUCAUCCUUUCUGGCUAGAGAACAUUUUUGCAGCAAAAGCGAUGACAGUUCCUGUGACUAUCGUGGAGAUUACUGGGGCAAAAAAGAUGUGUGUCGGAAAAACUGUGGGGAGCCUAGUCAACGAUGGUACCAUGUUCCAAGAAGUUUCCUCCAAAAUGAUGAUGAGGAUAAUGUACUAGUUUUGUUUGAGGAGCUUGGAGGCAAUCCAAGUUAUGUCAACUUCCGGACAGUGACUGUCGGAACAGCUUGUGGUCAUGCCUAUGAUGGGGGUUACUUGGAGCUCUCAUGCCAAGGAGGGCGAGUUUUCACUGAUAUCGACUUUGCUCACUUUGGUGAAAUUAGAGGUAACUGCGGAGAUUUUCACAGGGGCUGCUGUGGAGCUUAUAAUACUAUAGAAAUUGUUAGAGAAAAAUGUCUUGGCAAUGAGAGUUGCUCCUUUAGUGUUAGUGAAGAUACUUUUGGACCAUCUCAUUGUAGAGACAUUAAUGUUGAUCUUAGGUGGGAUGAGGAAGUCAAGGGCAUUGAGGAAGAGUUUCAUGUGCUUUGGGAGAGUUGAAAGAAAGACAGAAGGGGAAAUGAAAGGUUUUAUUUGGAUAUGGUUUGGGUGGUUUUGAAGCCCCCUCUGUUUUGUAUUUUAUUUUAAUUUUAAAAAAAUGAAGGUAAGACGAAAUU